AUGUUCGGCGUCCCAAAGUACUCCAACAAGCUGACCGAAGUGGCUGCUUCCUACAACAUCAAGACCACCUUCAAGCACCCCCUGGUGAAGGUGGAGGGCAACGAAGCCACCUUCCAGAACGCAGACACCAAGGAACUGGUGGUCCGCAAGUUCGAUUUCCUUCACGUGGUCCCUCCCAUGGGACCGCAUGACUACAUCGCUCAGUCCGGACUAGCCGAUGCAGCUGGUUACCUUGACCUCAACAAAAACACUCUCAGGCACAACAAGUAUCGUAAUGUUUGGGGAAUCGUGAGGAAGCAACCCACCAUCACCGAGCUUCCAGGCAGCUACGCAGGGUAUGCUAGUUGUCCUCUAUUUGUGGGCAAGCUGAGGCUGAUGCUGGCGGAGUUCAAGUACGAUGGAGUGAUCGACGAGACUUUUUACAGGGACCAGGAGAAGCCAAGAUACGAGUUUUACUUCCUAAAGAGAUUCAUUUUCCCCCUAGCCUAUUGGUUGCUGGUCCCUAGAGGCUUGUGGUUAGGCAGGAAGGGGAUUCGUUGGACCUGA